GUGCACCGACGGAAUGCUAGAGGCGCUGGAGUUUGUUGAUGAAAGUGUAGAUCCUAAAGUAGCAGAUAUAUCUGCUUGCCUCCGUGGUAACUCUGCCUGUCUACUGUCCCUUCGAGGCUGCAGCAUGACGGAUGAAGCGUUUUCAGAGAUAUGUCGUGCAGUCUCUGCCAGCAGCUCUCUUCGGCAUCUAAAUCUUAACAUCAACGUAGUCCACAGCUCACACAGGAUGAAGGCGUUGGCAAAUUCUCUUCGCGCCAAUCACACCAUAACACAUCUGAUGUUGCAUGGCACAUCGCUGACUGAGAAGCAAGUCAAGAAACUUUGGAAGGCACUUAAAAGGCAUCCAAUCAUCGAGUUUCUUGAUCUUGGAGAUUGCAGCCUCACCGAUGCUUGUGUACAAUACGUUGCCCGGCUGCUAAGCAAACAAACUGUGGAAAGAAGCACUAUUGACGAUGUCGGUGCAGCUCGGACAGAUUCUAAGCCAUGUCACCGUAUGAGAGAACUCAACUUGAGCGCCAAUACUGACAUUUCUUUGUUGGGUUGGACACAACUUGCAAUAGGAUUGGCCAGGAACACCACACUAGAGAUGUUGUAUCUUGACUACAAUGAUCUACUUUCAGAAGGAGCUGCUGUUUUGGCGGUGGCAUUAUCAGUUCAUCCCGAGAUUCGGGUUGUGGACAUGGAAGGAUGCGGAAUCGGAGAUGAUGGAGCCAGCCAUAUCCUUGCAGCACUGAAGAAACCGAGGCCACCAAAGCUUGAGAAACUGAUCUUGACAAACAACGACAUUUCCGUUGAAAAGGUGGAAUCUAUUACAGCGUUACUUCAACCACCAGUGUGACAGCAACUGUGCUUUAAAACAGCAAACUAGAAAAUGACGUAGUAAAUGUAGAUAGUAUCCAGUUUUUAUUCAUUUUUUGUAGUUAUUAGUUCUGUUUCAUGUUGUAUGAGCUGCCGAACAAACCCUUCAUUUGGCUGCACACAAGGUCUAGCCGUC